UGCUAAUCAGAAUAUAUAAAUUUACAAACGCCGAUAAUAAUUGGAAUUCAAAUUUUAACUAAAUUUUGAGGAUUUUAAGGUGAUUCGACUGAUAUUAAAUGGCAAGACAUCAUCCAGAUUUGAUUUUCUGCCGUAAACAACCAGGCGUGGCGAUUGGUCGUCUGUGCGAAAAAUGCGAUGGCAAAUGUGUAGUUUGCGAUUCAUACGUUCGACCGUGCACAUUAGUUCGUAUUUGUGAUGAAUGCAACUAUGGUUCAUAUCAAGGAAGAUGUGUGAUUUGUGGCGGUCCUGGGGUUUCCGAUGCUUACUACUGCAAGGAGUGCACCAUUCAAGAAAGAGAUCGAGAAGGUUGUCCAAAGAUUGUCAAUUUAGGCAGUUCCAAAACGGACUUGUUUUACGAGCGGAAAAAAUAUGGUUUCAAACAAAAAUGAUCGAUCUAGCGCGGAUUCAGCUUUGAUUUUAAGUUUGUUAUCGCAUCUUCAAGUUAAAUUUCAUUGUAAUUGAUAAGUAACAACAGGUUUCAUCGAAGCAAAUACUUCAUUGGCUUCAAAAUGACUGACAUGAAUAAAUGUUCACAUAAAAAGCAAGAAUAAAUUGAUGAAA